AAUCAGGAAGGGGGCAAACACUUUUUCACACAACUGUAUAUGAUGCAAUGCACUGGUGGAAAUACGAGCAGACCGCACAUAUGCAUCAUUCUCUGACUGGUGUGUGUGUGUGUGUGUGUGUGUGUGUGUAGGUUGUUGCACUGCCUGGUGUCGGUGGUGUUCCAGAUGACCAUACUGAGAGACCUGGAGAAGCUGGCUGGUUGGGUCCGCAUCUCCAUCAUCUAUAUCCUCAGUGGCAUCACUGGAAACAUCGCCUCCGCCCUGUUCCUGCCCUACAGAGCUGAGGUGGGUCCAGCAGGGUCUCAGUUUGGACUCCUCGCUUGCCUGUUUGUCGAGCUGUUUCAAGGCUGGCAGAUUCUGGAGAAGCCAUGGAAAGCCUUCCUCAAGCUGUUGGGCAUCGUCCUCUUCCUCUUCCUGUGCGGCCUCCUGCCAUGGAUCGACAACAUCGCCCACAUCUUCGGUUUCCUCAGCGGCUUGCUGCUCUCCUUCGCCUUCCUGCCCUACGUCACCUUCGGGACCUUUGACAAGUACCGGAAACGCAUCCUCAUCGCUGUCUCAAUGUUGGCCUACAUCGGGCUGGUCUCCUCGCUCAUCGUUUGGUUUUACAUUUACCCGAUUAACUGGCACUGGCUGGAGCAUCUCACCUGCCUGCCCUUCACAAACAAGUUCUGCGAGCGGUACGACAUAGACCAUGACAUUAACGAUGUGGUGCACUGAUCUCGAGGCUACUGAUGACGUGACUUGUGCUACUGAUCCGAUAUCUUCUAGCCAUUGACCAGGUCAACUCGGUGGCCAAUUAAGAAUGUUUUUUUGUUAUAUUUGCUCAUCAUAGGAACUGAUCAAAGUCCAUGUGAAUGGAACUGAAUCCGUCUCGUCUCCUCAGCCUUCACCUCCCUAAAACUGUACUCCUACUUUUUAAUCCUCAGUCAAGUCUGGAGCUACCUAGCAUGCUCAUUUGCUAACGGGCUAGUGAUCGGAGGACAGGAAACGAUACUCAGGAUGACAAAACUGCAGAGAGCUGGGUGGACCUAAAGAAAAUGGUCCACAGAGCGAGAGACUGGCUGGUCCCUUCAGCUCAAAGUCCCCUGAAUCUAAAGAAGCCAAAUAAAUCCCCUCGGGCCUCCAGUUGUGUUUCCCUUUAACCCUGUGGACGACAAACAGCUGAGAUGAAAAGGAGGACUGACGCUGUGGUGGGUCAUCGGGUAUCUUGUGGCCCAGUGAACUGAGAUACAUCGGAUGCCUCCUGCCACUAAUUCAUGUUGUCGGUAACACUGGGUUAAACACUACAAACGCUGCCGUUCAGUCCUGCUGCUUCUCUCUGUUUCGUGAAUGCCGAAGCGUGUCAAUAUUGUUUGGAGCAGUGAAAUGUUUGAGUAUUACCUGUGCACCUGAAAUAUUUCAAGUGAAAUGGCAGUGGUCAACUAAGGUGAGAUCUCUAUCUAAAACCACUCGUUGCCUUAAACAGAUUAUGCCAUUUUACACAGAUGCCUCUUUUAACUUCUGCAUACAGCCUGUGAUCAACUCUCAGCACGCUGAUGAACACAUUACAAAGCAGCUACACCUGCUGCUGAUAUAUGCAUGUUGUUCUUCCCAAUCCCUCAUGUUUUUCUGUACGUCACUGCUGCAAACACAGUCGUAGAUUUACUCUGAAAACAAUUGUGAAAAUAAUAUUUAUUCCAGGAGUGAUAAUCUAAACAGGCGUUUUUGUUAGAUCCUAGUAUGUUUUGCCGUAUUUUGUUUGACUCUGUGAAAGCAAACGGUCAUAGAAUCACAAGAUGUAAUUUACGUUCCGCCAGCGCCUUAAUGUGUUUGUGAAAUAUACCGUAAAAGACUUUGUGUUUACUAUUCACACUUAUUGUUGCUGUCCUUGACAAAAACAAUGCAAGUAAAUCCCCGACGUAUACACUGUCCUGACAUUAGCAGCUGAUUGCUCUGGUUGCGGUCCAUGACAGAGUUCUCCCUCGGGCUCCCGUCUUUUGUUUCGGAUCUAGUUUAUUGUUAUACACUGUGUAAUACGUGUGAGCUCUUUUUAGGAAACCUCUUAACUGUGCCUUCUGACAUGCGAGUCUUUGAUCUGAACCUGCAACGACCCGCGUCUUCAGUCAGGACUGUAUGUGCUGCAGUUUCACUGCUGUGUUUGCAUCGGGACCAAAUCAUUUCACUGUUUUCUAUUAAUUGGAAUAAAAAGGGAACGUUUCAAAACAAUGUCAGGUCAAGGCACUGGUCUGUUUUGCUUCAAUUUUAUAUGUGAAAAUGCACUUGUGUUAACACAGUCAUGACAACAUGAAUGCCACUCUAGUAAUGAGCUGAUGUGUGUUGGAGAGGAUUUGUAUCCGACAUCAAUUUCUCUACAUUUUCUGUAUUUCUGGUGCCACACCAAUGAGAGCUUUACAUUAAAGUGAGAAUAACUGCAUAUUAUAUUCUCAUGAAUCUAAAGUACAUUUAACAAUUGGCACAAAUUCCUGUAAUACAACUAUUCAAAAUCAUGCGAGGUGAUCGAAAGCUCCAGAACAGCCACUGUUUGGACUCCGUGAAGGAACUGUUAAAAUACAUGAAAGAACUCAAAGCAGACAUGCUGGAAAAUAUAACUUUUUAUUAUUUGAAGAACAAAUGUGGAAAAAACCCAAGAUAUUUAUCUUGAUUCAAGACUUUGGGAGGCAGAGGUGGUGAUUUUCUAGGCAAGAGGAGACUAUCAAGGAGACAUUUUGAAGCACAUAU